AUGACACUGCCGUCUUCCCUGAAAUCGCUCAACCUUUCCAUGUCUUCUCCUGUCUUGCGCACCGUCUUCUCAUCAGCAUCUCCGUUCACCGCGCUAGAGGAGCUGCUCAUCAUUGAAUGCAGUGAGCUGGAGACCUUUCCCGAUUGCAUAGGAGACUUGCUCCCAUGCCUGCGCAACCUGACAAUUCGCAACUUCACCUUACCCAGCAACUUUGGUCAUCUGCCAACCCUCAAACUGCUGGCGCUGGAGGGUUUGCGUUUCACCGAGUUCCCUCCUUCCUUCUGCCAUCUCAUGUCUCUCGAGGCACUCUCAAUAGUUGACUGCAACGAGCUUCUGCAGCUGCGAGCAGGGUUCUGCCGCCUCACGGCCCUCAAGGCGCUCUGCCUCUCAAGCUUAAGAGUGGACAUCUCCCAUCUGUCGCAGCUGAGGGUGCUGAAGCUGAACUGUGUUGGGGUGAUAUGUGGGCCUGCAGGGAGCAGCAGGCUGUCGUGUCUGCAGCAGCUAGAGCAGCUGGAGAUGCGGUUGGACCGUGGCAGCCAAGAGCUCCCAGUCCCCCUCACCUUGAUGUUUCUCCCUCGCCUGCGCAGCUUGCUGAUAGAGGCUCCCGGAAUGUGCAACCUCUCGGGAAAUCUGGGGGCAGCGUUGCCGCAACUGCGGCAGCUGACGCUGUUUCUUAGGUCAUCAGAGGAGCUACCAGGAAGCAUAGCGGAGCUCAACUCGCUGACGUCAUUGAGGGUGAAUGCACCUCUGCUGACGUCACUACCCCAGGGCAUGAGCCGCUUGUCUCGGCUGCGUAAACUGGAGCUGAUUCACUGCCACUCGUUGCAGCACCUCCCCGAAUCUCUCACCCAGCUGCACCAGCUGAUACUCCAAUACACCCCCAUCUCGUCCCUUCCUGCGGGUCUGCGGCUAAUCUAA